AUGAGCGGACCCAUACAGAUGAACGUCCGUACUCUUGCGACACUUGCGGUAAAGCGUUUCGGCGACAAGAUCAUCUUAGGGAUCAUAAAAAAACCCUUCAAAUGUGAUGUCUGCGGCAAAGGAUUCUGCCAGUCACGGACUCUACAGGUGCACCGAGCAGCCCAUAACGAAUGCAAUGGAAAUCCAGACAUUGACGAGCCGGUAAUCCUGGUCUCUCCUUCGGAAGAAGUAAAGCCGCUGCUCACUCCCGAUUCCACAUCAAGCCACCAGUUGGACUCACCCACUCGAGAAUCGCGGAUUUCCUGA